AGAGCAGCCUCGCUGUGACGUGUUCUGCACUCAUAACGAGGCUUGUGGUGAAGCGGCUGUUCAGCGAGGACUGAGGCUCUGCAGCACAGACACGCCGCCAUGUCUAAAGAGACUCCUCGCGAACCGGAGCAGCUCCGCAAGCUUUUCAUCGGGGGUCUCAGUUUCGAGACCACUGAUGAGAGCCUCCGGGCCCAUUUUGAACAAUGGGGGACCCUCACAGACUGCGUGGUGAUGAGGGACUCCAACACCAAAAGGUCAAGGGGAUUUGGCUUUGUUACAUACAGUUCAGUUUCUGAAGUUGAUGCCGCUAUGAAUGCCCGCCCACACAAAGUGGAUGGCAGAGCCGUUGAGCCUAAGAGGGCUGUGUCAAGAGAGGACUCUUGCAGGCCUGGUGCACAUUCAACAGUAAAGAAGAUUUUUGUGGGGGGAAUAAAGGAGGACACUGACGAAGAACACUUGCGUGACUACUUCAGCCAAUUUGGCAAAAUUGAAGAGGUGAACAUCAUGACCGAGAAGAACAGCGAUAAGAGGAGGGGGUUCGCCUUCAUCACGUUCGAUGACCAUGACGCCGUUGAUCGGAUAGUCAUCCAGAAAUACCACACGAUAAACGGUCACAACUGUGAAGUUCGGAAAGCUCUUUCCAGGGAAGAGAUGAACAGGGUCUCCAUGAGCCCAAGAGGUGGCCGUGGAGGCGGUGGUGGAAACUUUGGUGGCCGAGGUGGUGGAUACGGAGGUGGAUACGGAGGUGGUGGCGGAGGUGACCGUGGAGGAUAUGGUGGAGAUGGAUAUGGCAAUGGCUACGGAGGGAACGGUGGUUAUGGUGGCGGUGGUCCUGGCUAUGGUGGAAACCGUGGUUAUGGAGGAGGUGGCGGCGGUGGCGGAUACGGCAACCAGGGUGGUGGAGGCGGAUACGGAGGUGGAGGAUAUGACAAUUAUAACGGCGGUGGAGGAGGAAACUUUGGCGGUGGCAACUUUGGUGGCGGCGGAGACUAUAACGACUUUGGCAACUACAACAACCAGUCCUCCUCUAACUACGGCCCAAUGAAGGGCGGCAACUACGGCGGCGGCAGGAGUGGUGGUGGCGGCGGUGGCGGCCCAUACGGUGGUGGCUAUGGCGGAGGUUCUGGUGGUGGCUAUGGCGGUGGUUCUGGUGGAAGGAGGUUCUAGACACCAGGGCCACACAGUACUUAGGAGAGGAGAGCCAGAGAGAGAGGACAGGGAAAGGAGAGAAUGAAGGAAGCAGGUUUACACCUAGAUCUGCCCAGCCGAGCAGCGUGGGGGCGCUAUAACGCCUGCCAUGUGAAGAAAACGUGUAUAAUAGGGGAGGAAAAUCAUGUGGGGAGGUUGGAGGGAUGGUGUAUGUGCGGGUGGGGUUGGGGGGCAUGUGAGGGCCAACAUGUUUGUCAAAAGUACUCAUGUCCUGGAGGAGACACUUUUCAUUUUAGUUUGUAGCUUCCCUUGUGUCUGUGACGUGUAAAUCAUUCCAAUGAGGUUUUAGGCAGGGUUAAUUUCUUUUACAUUUUCAUUUGCAACCGUAGGGAUUUUUAUUUUUAUUAUGUAAACUGCCAUCAAUCAAGAUUAAAUAAACCACUCCAGCUUUUUUAUUUAAA